UUUUUAUAUCUGCUUUUAGGUCAAUAAGGUAGUCGGAUCUCUGCUUCCAAUGCUACAACAAUCAUCAUUUUCAAAUAUGGAUACCAUCAUUUACGCGGCAGUGACCAUAAUAUGGUGGGCAGUCUCAGUUUCUUUCCUUCUUCCACUUGUCACCGUUCUUAAGUUCAGCAAAAAGUGUCGGGAUAUGUGGUUCUCGUGGUUUUUCGUCAGAAUCGUUGAAGUUAUACUGGGUUCUGCACUGUUGAAGAUAAGAAAAUGCACCUUCGAUUUUCUUAAGGAGCAUUUACCGGAAAGAAAGAAGAACACUAACUUCGAGAUUCUGGAGAUUGGCUUUGGAGGAGGAUCCAAUUUACAAUUCUAUCCGGAAAAUACAAAUUUGUCCAUCUUGGACAUGAAUGAAUCUUUCUUAAAGUACUUUGAACAAAGCCGACAGAAAAAUGCUCAUAUAAAUUACAAGAAAGUUGUGAUUGGUAUGGCCGAAGAUAUGCACGAGCUUGACGAUGAAUCCUUUGAUAUUGUCGUGAGUACUUUUGUCUUAUGUUCUGUGAAAAACGUUCGAGCAGCUCUGAAAGAAGUCAAACGUGUACUGAAACCUGGUGGCAAGUAUCUCUUUUUAGAGCACCUCAUAUAUCCCAAGGGCACUUGGAAUGCCUUGAUCCAAAGAUUAGCAAAUCCUGUUUGGACUAUAUAUUUUGAUGGUUGCAACAUAAACCGAAACCAAGAUGAAGAAAUUAGAAGAGCUGGAUUUUCGGAUGUUGUGACUAAAAUGCAUUACUCAAAAGACAUGUGGUUGUAUGUCAGGCCUAUGAUUAUCGGAAUAGCUACCAAAUAAUUUGAAGCUUCAGCUAAAUACGAUUAUACCAUUUUUCAAUUUGUGAUAUUGAUUAUCUUUUAAAAAGUUUAAUUCUAUGAUUAGUUUAGGUAAUAUUCGUAAUUUAUUCCUUUAACUAACCACAUACAGAAUGUUAAGAUAUUAUUCAAGUGGAUUUCUCCGAUGUUUACAUUAAAACA